AGAAGCCGAGGUUUUUCCCGUGGGGGGGGGUUCCAAAAGAUGCAGAACGUCAUAAACACGGUGAAAGGCACGGCUCUCGGGGUGGCGGAGUUUCUCACCCCAGUGCUGAAGGAAUCGAAAUUCAAAGAGACUGGAGUCAUUACACCGGAGGAGUUUGUAGCAGCUGGAGAUCACUUGGUCCACCAUUGCCCAACAUGGAAAUGGGCCACUGGGGAAGAGGUCAAAGUGAAGCCAUACCUGCCCCAGGAUAAACAGUUUCUCCUGACACGCAACGUUCCCUGUUACAAGCGUUGUAAACAGAUGGAGUAUUCAGAUGAGCUGGAAGCCAUCAUAGAGGAGGAUGAUGGAGAUGGGGGCUGGGUGGACACUUACCACAACUCAGGUGUGUUAGGAGCCACAGAUGCAGUACGAGAAAUUUCACUGGACAAUAAUAAGGACAAGAAUAUGAAUGCCACAUCUGCAGCAUGUGAUGAUGAUGAUGACGACGAAGAUGAGGAUGAAGAUGGAGAAGCAGCAGAUAUGGAAGAGUACGAGGAAAGUGGCCUAUUGGAAACAGAUGAGGCGACCCUGGACACCAGUAAAAUAGUAGAAACUAAAGCCAAAGCAGAGCCUGGGAGUGAGGAUGCCAUCCUUCAGACCAGAACAUAUGACCUGUACAUCACAUAUGAUAAAUACUACCAGACACCUCGACUCUGGCUGUUCGGAUACGAUGAAGACCGGCAGCCACUGACCGUAGAACAGAUGUACGAGGACAUCAGCCAGGACCACGUGAAGAAGACGGUCACCAUUGAGAACCACCCUCACCUUCCUCCACCUGCCAUGUGCUCUGUCCACCCCUGCAGACAUGCUGAAGUGAUGAAAAAGAUCAUUGAGACUGUGGCCGAAGGAGGAGGAGAGCUGGGCGUGCAUAUGUAUCUUCUGAUUUUCCUCAAGUUUGUUCAGGCCGUCAUUCCCACGAUAGAAUAUGACUAUACAAGACACUUCACCAUGUAGCUUCAUCAGUGUGCAACUUCCGCCAAUACAACGUCUGUACAGGGGGAUAAGCUCAGAGAUUGUAUGUCGUCUGCUCUGAUUACAACCGGUUUGUGGAGUGUUUGUGUUACUCUGAGACACUUUGCGUUGGUACAGGACAUGGGGAAAUUUCAUGGUAUGUGACAAAACUGUCUGUUAACGAAACAGUCUGACGUUUUGGGAUACAGGCUUGUUUUUUAUGAAACCCAGAGUCCGAUAAGGAGAUCAAUAAAAUUUUCAUCAGUUUGCGUCCAGUACAGAGGUGGAUGUGUUUUGGCUAAGAGUUUCUCACAGGGUUUUUUAAAUUUAAGCUACAGGAAAAAACAGAAAUGUCACAAAACACUUGUACAUUUGUAAGUAGCUUGCUGGCUAACCACAGUUGUUGAAUGGCGCGUUUUUUUCUCACUUUUGACAAAGCCGUCUUGGCUAACAACAUCCUGGAUGUACUUUAUCUCUGUACUACACAGAGAUGAAACUGAUAUCCAUCUUCUCUUCUGACUCUGGGUAAGACUGCAGACAAGGCUACAUCCUGAGAGCUGGACUGUACCUCUGAUGUUUUUCUACAGGUUUAAUGUCACGACCACAAUGUGGUGAACUCAGAGUUCCUGUGAAGGAGAUUAGAAUACUCACCCCAUUCCACACAGCUUCUCUGCUUCAAAUUUAAAGAGUCGAUUUCAGAAAAAAUAAAUUAGCCAGUUUUAGACAGUCCCAUUUGCACACAUUGAAAACAGUUCUCUUUAGUUCAUGCCCUGCCUUUAAUAUGAGAGACAGAUAUAAAAGCUGUAUUAAGUAUUUUUUUGUUUUAUUUUUAUUUUUAUUUUUUUUAAUGUUAGCAAACAGUUGCCUGUUAGCACAUCCAGUAAACAGAGCAACAUGAGCAUUAAUUCUGAUGAAUGGAAGUCCAAUACUAACUUUCCUUUUAGCUCUGGCUUUGGUCUCCACCAGCUCCUGAGGGAAAUAUCUGGCUCUUCAGCUACUAAAUGCUCCACUAUGUUAACCAGCUGGUCUCUAACUGUGUCUGUCCGUUGCUUGCUACUGAGCAUGCAGUGCUUUUUCCAGUUGUUUCUCUGAAAACAGCUGCCUGCUGCGGCCGAAAAUGAUGCUAACCAAAACAGCAACGUGCGAGACCACCCCGCUGGGUGGUCCUGCAUUGUCUUUAGUCGUCUGUUUGUACACAACGGUUUCUUGUGCAACUACAAAUCAUAUUCAGAAAAAAUAAUUCAAAGCUCUGCAUUUGGACAGCUCUUGGUAAUGUAUGUAUCUUGCUAAAAUCACUUCCUAAACAUCUCUGAACUAUUGUAUCUGACAGCAGCGUUGAUAACAGCUUCUUGACUUUUAACGUUGCUCCCAUGCUUUAAUGCAGUGAUUGUUGUUGUUAUUGCUUCCAUUCUAAUGCACUUUGCUGGAGUCAUGGCUGAACCUUUAUGCCAGUUUGUCUUAAAACUUCAUUCUCUGAAUGUGUAACUGGCCCUGCCCUUCCAUUUGCCCAUGGUUCUUGUGGUUGGCUUAUAUGCAUUCUGUUUUUUACUGUGGAAAGCUUUUUCUCCUCUACAGCUUGUGUCAGAACCUUGAGGUUUUUUUGGUUUUUUUUUUUCUUCUUUUUCUUCAGUCUUUCUUGUACAAGUGUGAUGUAUCACUCCUACCUAUGUUAACUACUACUAACUAUAUGUUAAGGUCGGCUGUGACCUUACUUGUGCAGCUCUUUCAUUAAACAAAUGGACUCUUAUUGUCACCAGCCUUUUGGUGGACAUCAGUAAAUCUUUCAAUGAAUUUCUGGGCUGUUUUGUUUAUAAGAUUGUGGAUUAUAAACUACAUUUGGCUUAUUACAAUGAAAUGUUUGAUAGUACUUACUCAACUAAAUAAAGUAUGAGCUUCAGUGA